UUAUUACUUGCUCUGUUUAGUUAUCAUUUCUUGUUUCUUCAUAAUUAUAUUCUGUACUAAAUACUACAUAAUUAGUAUUUUAGAACGAUUUCAUUUAUAAAUAUUAGUAAUCCGGAGUAGAUACCUUUAUUUACGAAGUAAAUUUACGAAGUAAAUAUUAAAUUUGCUGCAAAUAUGAAAGAGAAAUCUAAGAAACAACAUAAAAAACACGAAAAGAAGAAAAAAGAACACAAGCACCGUAAGCAGUCAAGUACAAAUAAUGCAGAAGGUUAUGAAUGGGUUGAGAAAGAAGCUGUCGAUAAACCAGAACGUGAAGAUUGGAUGUCGAUGACUGGGCUAUUAAAAACUUACACAAAGGAUGACAUAAAACCAAAAAAAGAAGAGAAAAAUAAGAAUCAUAUAGAUUCAUAUAAUCCAGGGACCAGUACCAGAGAACUCAAUCCCUACUGGAAAGAUGGUGGCUCUGGCUUACCACAAACUCCUGAAAGUUUUCGUAAAUCAAGACAGUUUAUAAAACCUAUUGAAGAUGGUAGUGAUUUAUACUCAAGAGCAUCAUCAUCAAAAGAGUAUAGUAAGUCCCAUUUUAGUCAUGAACGUUCAUCUUGUAGUUCAUCAUAUAACUGGAAGAAACCUAAAAAUAAUAAUAAAACAGUAGAAUCAACAGAAACUUUUAAACAUACUGAGAAAAAUUCAAAUUUAUGUCAAAGUCCAGCUGCAUUAACAGAGAAGAAGAAAGAUUCUCAGUAUUUGAGUGAUGAAAAAAUGAAUAAACUUGGAGCAAAAAUUAUUAAAGCUGAAAUAAUGGGUGACACAGCAUUGGUUGCUGAAUUGAAAGCUAAACUAGAAGCAGCUAGAGAAUACAGAAAACAAAAUCCUGAUGCUGGAAAAGAAGAAAAUGAAGGUAUAAUGCUAAUGUCAACAGAUAUAUUUGGAAAUAGCAGACCAUUAACCAGAACAGAACAAGGAGAUCCAAAAAGUAAAGGUGGAAAAAGAAAAGCUGAAACUCAUUCUUCUGGUCAGCGACAAAAGUACUUUGGAAAUGAUGAUAAAUAUAAUUUAGCACAAAUGUUUCAACAAGAGAAAUAUGGCAAUAAUUAUGAAGAUGAAGCACAAUUGGCUAAAAUCGCUGGUAAACAUAAAAAUCCUAAUGAUGACCUUGAAGAUAUAUUCAUGGAUGAGAUAUCUAAGAAUAAGAAUCCUGCAAAAGAAAGUGAAUUGGAAAAACAGAGGGCUAUUAAACAACAUAUUAAAAUGGAAAAGUCAUUAGAAGGUUGUGAAUAUUGUAUAGAUUCCAAAAAUAUGUUAAAACAUUUAAUAAUUACCUGUGGUAAUAAUGUUUACUUAGCAUUACCAGCUAAAAAGUCUUUGGUAACUGGACAGUGUAUUAUAACUACAAUACAACAUACAACUUGUUGUACUGCAUUAGAGGAAAACAUUUGGGAAGAAGUUUUGAACUUCAGGAAGGCACUAACACAAUUUUUUAAUUCUCAAAACAAAGAUGUUGUAUUUUUUGAGACUGCUACAAGAUUACACAGAUACCCACAUAUGGUUAUAAACUGCAUACCCCUACCAAGAGAUGUAGGUGAUAUGGCUGCAAUAUAUUUUAAGAAAGCUCUCUUAGAAUGUGAAGCAGAAUGGUCUAUGAAUAAGAAAGUUGUGGAUUUAAAGGGUAAAGAUAUUCGAAAAGGUAUUCCAAAAGGUUUGCCAUAUUUCUGGAUAGAUUUUGGUAUGGACCCAGGGUUUGCUCAUGUUAUAGAAGAUCAACAAUUGUUUCCCAAGACAUUUGCUGAGGAAACCAUUGCAGGUAUAUUAGAUUUAGAUCACAGCUUAUGGAAAAAUCCACGAAGAGAAUAUGGAGACAUACAAAGAAAAAAAGUUUUGGAUUUUAUAAAAGAAUGGAAACCCUUUGAACCUGUAAUUAAUAAAAUUUAAAUACUUUAGCA